GCUCUCUCCCCAACUGAGAGAGAGCAGAGGAUAAGGAGCUCGCCGCUCCCUCCCGAGGGGAGGGAAACCGCCCAAAUCAAACCCCGCGCGUCGCGAGCAGCAGCAAAUGGCGUGCGUUGCCGCGCUCCUCGCCUCCCCGGCGCUCCUCCCCUUCCCCUCCACCGCCUCGGCCUCCUGCUCGUGCCGCCUCCGCCCCCGCCCCGCCGUCGUCGCCCGCGCGCCGCGCCAGCAGCCGCGAGGGCGGCGCGCGCUCCGGCGCUUCGAUGAGGUGGAGGGGGUGUCGAAGAAGCGGCGUGGCAUCGGAGGAGGAGCCGGCGGCGCUGCGGGGUCGCAGGCGUCGUCGUCGCGCAGGGACAGGGGGCUCGCCGUCGACUUCAAGGAGUCGCAGGUUGCUGAGUUUGAAGAUAUUGAAGAGGACAAAUUCCUUAAUGCUGUUGUCAAGGUCUAUUGCACUCAUAUCGCACCCGAUUAUGGUCUGCCUUGGCAAAAGCAAAGGCAACAUUCAAGCAGUGGGAGUGCUUUUAUGAUUGGUGAUGGCAAACUCUUGACGAAUGCACAUUGCGUUGAGCAUGACACCCAGGUAAAAGUAAAGAGAAGAGGAGAUGACAAGAAGUAUAUUGCCAAGGUUUUAGCUAGGGGUAUUGAAUGUGACCUUGCAUUACUGUCUGUUGAGAAUGAAGAGUUUUGGAAAGGAACAGAGGCACUUUCUUUUGGGCGUUUGCCAUGCCUUCAGGACUCAGUAACUGUUGUGGGAUAUCCUCUUGGUGGAGACACAAUAUCUGUAACAAAAGGCGUUGUAUCGCGCAUUGAGGUCACUCCAUAUGCACAUGGGACAUCAGACCUUCUUGGCAUUCAAAUUGAUGCAGCCAUAAAUCCAGGAAACAGUGGUGGACCAGCCUUUAAUGAACAAGGGGAGUGCAUUGGUGUGGCAUUUCAGGUGUACAGGUCAGACGAAGCUGAAAAUAUUGGAUAUGUUAUUCCAACUACAGUAGUAUCCCAUUUUUUAAAUGACUAUCAGAAAAAUGGAAAGUACACAGGAUUUCCUUGCUUGGGUGUCUUACUUCAGAAAUUGGAAAAUCCGGCAUUGCGUGAAAGCUUAAAAGUACCUUCAAGUGAGGGUGUUCUUGUUCGUCGGGUUGAGCCUACUGCUCCAGCAAGCACUGUUUUGCGAAAGGGAGAUGUAAUAGUUAGCUUUGAUGGUAUCGCAGUAGGAUGUGAAGCAACAGUACCUUUUCGGUCCACGGAGCGGAUUGCUUUCCGCUAUCUCACAAGCCAAAAGUAUGCAGGUGAUAUUGCUCAGCUAGGAAUCAUUCGGGAUGGCAAUUCCAUGAAAGUCCAAACUAUUUUACAGCCAAGAAAACAUUUAGUGCCGUUUCAUGUCGAAGGGGGCCAGCCUUCUUAUCUGAUAGUUGCCGGCCUUGUAUUCACACCUUUAACAGAACCAUUUAUAGAGGAGGAGUGUGAAGAUACACUUGGGUUGAAAUUGUUGGCAAAAGCGCGUUACUCUCUUGCAACCUUUGAAGGGGAGCAAAUUGUUAUUGUAUCACAGGUUCUGGCACACGAGGUCAACAUCGGGUAUGAGCACAUGGGCAAUCAACAAGUCAUAAAAUUAAAUGGAACUGCGGUAAAGAACAUCCACCACCUUGCUCAUCUAGUGGACACUUGUCAAGACAAGUUCCUGACGUUCGAAUUCGAAGACGACUUCCUCGUUGUUUUGCAUCGGGAAGAAGCGGCCGCUGCAUCAUCAGACAUUCUCAAGGAACAUGCCAUCCCCUCCGUACGGUCAUCUGAUCUAUCAGAACCAUAUGUAGAAGCAAAGAAUGAGGUCCAAAAAACAAGUGAAGAUUUCGGCGAAAGUCCCGUGACAAACUUCGAAAUGGGAAUCGAUUGUCUCUUGUGGGCAUGACCGUUCUCUUUUAAUGGAUGAGACACUGGGAACGAAGUUUCCGUUGAAGCUGCAGACCAGAGAAGUGCGAGCAUCUUCCGGUGAACACCGGCUGCCGGAUCACAACUACUUCUCUCAUUGUGCGGGCGCACACGUCCCGUCGCGGCAAAGCCGAGCCAUGUUGUAUGUUAGCAUAGAUAGAAUUCAGAGUCAUGUUGUACACUAGGAGCCAUAGAGUGAUUUAUUCAUCUUCAUUUUUAGGGGGUUUAUAGGAACUGGGAAAGGGCCGUACAAUUUGGCCGUGAGCAAUCAUGUAUAUUUCGGACACAUCGUCCAGAAAUUUUGUUGGUUUACUCCUGUUUUUGUGCUACCCCCAACUGAUGGCAGAACAAAGCAACUCCGCAUGAUGGCAGGAUGUUAUUCUUC